CAGUUAUUGUUUCAGUCAAAAUAGAAACAAAGUCAUUCGUGCUCGUUCUUGUUAGCUUUGCUGAAGUUUCCUAGUUGUCAUCUCAAUCACCCACCCUCAAAUCAAGUCACAACACAUUUUUAUCCUAGCGUGGCCUCAUCAUUCUUCCAUCGACCGUAGAAACCUUGGCUAGCGGAGCUGACAGCAAAUAGGUGGAGAUUUCCACCUUUGUGUAAAAUAGACCCUUGAUUGCCUCCUCGGCCCGAAGUGCAGUAGAGUCUAGAGAAUUCUCCUCUGCGUGGUGCCGUCUUCACGGCCAAUCCCGGCGCGCCUCGCGCUCUUCCACGACAGCUUAUGAUUCCGUGCGAAAUCUAGCCGCGUGGCUUCCUCGGCUCAUUGUCGACCUGUGAUUCGGCAGUGGGCAUAUCAACAUUGGUCAAGCAAUGUGAACUUGCAGACCCCAUUCUUGUCGCUGUUCUGCGCUCAGCUAGUUAGGAGUUUUCUCGGAAGAGAAAGCCUGUCGACAAGAUAACUAUGGCGUCCAAAACACAAGCAAUCAAGGACUCUGAGCGUUAUGUGAAACGUUUCAACGAAACUAUUGCACAUAUACUACUCCAUAGCUGGGCUGCUUAUGGCAGUACCCGGACACCGUGCUCUGCACCCGUCACAGGCAAUUCCAAGAAAGAGUGGUUUAUGGGUAUGCCCAAGUUGCCGCAACGUCUAGUAGAAUGGCUAAGCAGCGAAGUAUCCCCGAAGGCCAGCAAGAUGCUCACACUGGCAGCUGGUGUUCGAAUUGGCACAGACGAGAGGUUGCUGGAGAUCUGGAGAGUAAUACUGUCUCCAAAAAAAAACAAGACACCUGGCGACACAUGGCACCACUUUAAAGCGUACGUGGGACUUUGCGAUAUACUGAAGGCUACGACGUGUAUGGUGAAAUCCAUGCCAGUCUUUCGCUUGACUCGAGCCAAUCCAGACAUGGAAGCAACGUAUAGCGUUGAGGAUUCCAAUGCUGUUUUUGAUGAUCUGCUCAGUGACUAUGAUGCCCACCGAGUCGGCAGUGUCCAAAUGGCAAACUGUGACUUGACUGUGGUGGUUGCUUUCACAAAGGAGACCAAAAUUAAUCUCUUCAGUCCAAAGUGCCAUGUUUCGUCUCGUGCUGCCCCAGUCGCUAUGGAUGGUUAUAUGGGGGACCGCCGGGCAGCUGUGGCCACAUCCGCCGCUGUAACACCGUCCAGCAGCACAGCAAGCAAACCAAGGAGCAAGUCUACCUCGACCACCCGUGAAAGUUUUGAAUUUCCUCCUCUUCGUAUGCCCGCACCCUAUAAGAGUGGCGGCGAAGAUGUAACGGAUAACGCCGCCUCAAGGCUGCCAGAACUAAAUGCAGAUGACAGGACAUCGAGCCUGUUUUCAGCUCUGUUACCAAGCAGUGAAUCUCCUAUCUGCGUACCUAAGGCGGAAGUGACACAAUCUCCACUUGAACAACAGAACCAGUCCUUGAUGUUGAGUGAUAUUCCUGCAAAUGAACAAGACCUUGUAGCUAAUGGUCCAUUUGGAAUACUAAGUGAACCUGGUCAUGUCAUGUUCCCAUCAUUGAAUCAACUAGGCAGACCUGACGGCCAUUCUAGUAAAAGUGUUGACUGGCACAGAUAUGAGGAAGACAUUGCCCUUAUCCGCACGGUUUUCCCCGGCAAGAUGCUGGUUGAUCAUCAUUCUGAACAUAAGGCACUGGCUGCAGACAGUGAGGCCCUCUCACAUUAUUUCUCUAAUAUGUUCUGUGAGCCCCGUGUGUAGCCCCGUGUGUAGGGCGGAUUGGUAAAUACAAUUGUGUGUGAAGAACAUGACGUGUGCGUCUGUGUGCGUGCGUGCGUGUGCGUCUGUGUGCGUGCGUGCAUGUGUGUCUGUGUGCGUGCGUCUGUGUGCGUGCGUGCGUGUGCGUGUAUACCCAUCUGAGAAACGACACAUGAAACCGUUUUGAAGUGUUUGUAGUGUUUUUUUAGAAAUCUGCUCUAUUUUCUAUACUUCUCUUCCUUUCCCCUUCCUUUUUUUCUCCGAAAGGCUUUCUUCCUUUCUCUCUUUCUUUCCACCCCUCUCUAUACACCAGGGUGUGAUAUAAACAGUGUGUAGUGUGUGCGUGUGUGUGCGUGUGUACAUAUUUAAAAUACUCGCACAGAAAACAAACUCUAAAAGCUCGUAUCGAAAUCGGUGAAUUUUAUCCUAAGAACCCUUCUCCACUGUUUGUGGUGUCUGAAUCGUCUUUGUUUUUUUUUACCUUUUCUAUUGCCGGCUUAUUUGUCUCCCUACUCAGUUGUGUCUUUUGCGUAUCUAUUCUCUGAAUCUGCUUUGUUGUUGAGGUGACAUUCUCCGCAAGUUAAAUUAUCUAUGGAUAUGGAGAAUUGAUACAAUUCUAAAAAUUAAUUGAAUGCAUGUAUUUGAGCUGCGGGGAAACCCGAUACUUUUA